UAGAUUCCUAGUCUCUGUCCAGCCACUGCUGUCUCUUCAGAGCCAGAUUACUUGGAAACAAUCAUGGACUCACUAGGCACAGCAGCCACACAGUUCCUGUUUGAUCUUUUCAAAGAACUGAAUAAAACAAAUGAUGGCAACGUCUUCUUUUCCCCUGUGGGCAUCUCAACAGCCAUUGGCAUGAUCAUCCUGGGGACCCGAGGAGCCACUGCUUCUGAGUUACAGAAGGUACUUUACACUGAACAAGGCACAGAAAGCUCGAGAAUUAAGUCUGAAGAAGAAGAGAUCGAGAAGAGAGAAGAAAUACAUCAUCAACUCCAAAUGCUGUUGACUGAAAUAAGCAAAUUUUCUAACGAUUAUGACCUGAUCAUAAGCAACAGGCUGUUCGGAGAAAAAACAUACCUCUUCCUUCAAAAAUACAUAGAUUAUGUUGAAAAAUAUUACCAUGCAUCUCUGGAGCCUGUUGAUUUUGUAAAUGCUGCAGACGAAAGUCGAAAGAAGAUUAAUUCCUGGGUUGAAAGCCAAACAAAUGUAAAAGUCAAGGACCUGUUUCCAGAAGGCUCUUUGAACAGCUCCACCAAGCUGGUGCUAAUAAAUACAGUUUAUUUUAAAGGCCUGUGGGACAGAGAAUUUAAGAAAGAACACACCAAGGAGGAGGACUUCUGGCUGAAUAAGAACCUAAGUAAACCUGUGCAGAUGAUGGCUCUGUGCAGCUCCUUCAACUUCACCUUCUUAGAGGACCUGCAGGCGAAAAUUGUGGGGAUUCCAUAUAAAAACAACGAUAUCAGCAUGUUUGUGCUUCUGCCCAAUGACAUAGAUGGUCUGGAGAAGAUAAUGGAUAAAAUGUCUCCUGAGAAGUUGGUGGAGUGGACCAGCCCCGGACACCUGGAGCAAAGGAGGGUGGACCUGCGCCUGCCCCGCUUGCAGGUGGAGGAGACCUAUGAUCUGGAACCCGUGCUGGAAGCUGUGGGCAUUCACAGUGCCUUCAGCGAGCAUGCGGACUACUCAGGAAUGUCGGCGCGCUCUGGGCUGCAUGCCCAGAAUUUCCUGCACAGAUCGUUCCUGGUGGUGACAGAGGAAGGCGUUGAGGCCACUGCAGGCACUGGAGUGGGCCUCAAGGUCUCGUCAGCUGCAAGCUGUGAGCUUGUGCACUGUAACCAUCCAUUCUUGUUCUUCAUCAGACACAGAGAGUCUGACAGCAUUCUCUUUUUCGGCAAGUUUUCUUCUCCCUAAGAUAGUCAAACUGAAACAUUAGAGCACUAAGUAGCACUCAAGAGUUGACAGACCAUGGGGUUCAUAUUUGUGCUUCAAAGUCCUUUGCACAAUGGUAGCAAUAGCACGUUUUCUUAAUCUGUUUAAAAGUUAAUCUCAAUCAUGUGUGCACUACUCAGGAGGCCAGGCAGCUUAAGAUCAGUUCUUAUCUUGUUUUCCUUCAAAAGUUGUCAUGCCCUGAGGGAGGAGGUUUUUUUGUUUUGUUUUUUGUUUUUUGUUUUUGUUUUUGAUUUUGUUUUUAAAAUGAAGAGUUAUGGAAGACUUUAGGAUUCAUUCACUUCUAUUAUCUUGGCAUUCUGUAAGGCAUAGUAAAAUAAAACAACCAUUUACUAGCU